UAGCCUUCGGUCAAUUUGUUACAGUGUCGCCCCGCUGUUGCGUUCGGCAGCAUUUGUAUCCCAACAGAGGAGGACGGAGGGGGAGAAAACAGGACGCAACAAAGAUAAUCUAACCAUCCACAGCACCCCCCCCCCCGAAAGAAUACAAAAGUCAGGGAGAGGGAAGAGAAGGGGUGUGAGAGGAAAAAAAAACAAAGGAAGGGGGAUUAAGCAAGGAUACACACUGAGCAAUGCACCGAGAUGUCUCAGCGCUAAACACAGCGACUCCCAUCAUCGCCGCCUUUUGAAAAAAAGAAACCGACGGUGUACAAUGUAUCGUGACUGCAUUAUGAAAGAUACAAAAUAAAUCCCAGACGCAACCAAAAUCCGUGUGGAAAGUGUCGGCGGAAACGGCUCAUCUGGCUUUGUUUUACUCUCCGUCCGUACGCAGGAUUUUUUUUGUUUGUUGUUGCAUUUCAAGGGAGACUUGUUUGUUUCAUUUCAAAAGAAAUUGGGGAAAACCUACGUUCGCGAGAGAGAGGGGGCGAUGUAUCCACAAGCCAGGCAAUCGGCUCCAUCACAGUCAGCACAACAGUUGAAGUUUACUACCUCGGACUCGUGUGAUCGAAUCAAAGAUGAGUUUCAGUUUCUGCAAGCACAGUAUCACAGCCUCAAGUUGGAAUGUGACAAACUGGCCAGUGAAAAGACAGAAAUGCAACGCCAUUAUGUCAUGUAUUAUGAAAUGUCUUAUGGUUUGAACAUUGAAAUGCAUAAACAGGCUGAAAUUGUCAAACGAUUGAAUGGAAUUUGUGCUCAAGUCAUCCCCUUCUUGUCUCAGGAGCAUCAGCAACAGGUGGUGCAGGCCAUAGAACGUGCAAAGCAGGUGACUGCACCGGAGCUUAAUACUGUCAUCAGGCAGCAGCUUCAAGCACAACAGCUGUCUCACCUCCAUGGUCUCACGGUGCCACUCACCCCCUUACCAGCUGGCCUGCAGCCUCCUGUCAUCCCUUCAGUCAGUGCCAGUGCAGGACUACUGGCGUUAUCCAGCGCCCUGGGCUCUCAGAUCCACCUCGCCUCGAAAGAUGACAAGAACCACCAUGACGGUGACCACCAGAGAGAUGAGGGGGUACAGAAACCUGAUUAGGAACUCUUGAGGAUUGCGCAACACAAAAUCCUUAAAAUAUGAUCUUUGGUGUUUGUUUUAAUGCCUGUAUAUAUCUCGGAGGUGGCAAUUUUGUGCUGUGUAUGUUAUUAUUUAGGAGAACAAAGCCUAUUUUAAAGCUGCAGUAUAUUAAAAGCAACUUUGUUUUGGCAUGAACAAAGCAGGGACACACUAAGUAUGAAUUUGCUUCAGACGAGGGCAUAACUUAUUGGCUUGUCCACCUGAUGGACGUUCUAGUAUUCAGCAUCUUCAAGAUAAAAGCUUCUGAUUCAGCCUGUCCAUUAAAAUUGCGCAUGACAGGAAUUGCCUUUCCAACUAGUUGUCCACAUAAUUGGGCUUUUGAGUGAUUCUUGUUUCAAGUCAAAUGACUUCUAAAGUGCAGAUCAGUACAUUGUCAGAAACCAAAGCAAAUUUGCCAAAUUGAUGGUAAGAUGGCUGAUGUUCUGUGCUGUUGAAAUUGCCAUAUCUUUGACCUUCUUUAAAUGUUUGGCCUAUUAACACACUCUAAAUCAGUUACAUGGGAACAAAUCUUUAAAAGGAAAAAAAAAUUAUAUAUAUAUUAAAAAAAACAGAAUCAUCUUAAACUCUCUAAUUUCAUCUGAAUGUCUGUGUUUCUAUAAAAGCUUGAGUACACUUUUUUUGCUGCCUGAGAUCUAUAUUCCUUGUUGGGAUUUGAUAUGCAGUUCCAAAUUUCUCAAUCACCUUUUAAAGUUUUUGGAGUAAACAUCUACUGACCAAGAUGGAGAUGAUCAUUUAAAGUAUUUUAUCAUUUGCUUGUUUCUGGAUGGGGACAAAGAAUGUAACGAGAGUUGACUUCAGAAUUUGGUGGGAGAGCUAGCAAAAUAUUCUUCUGUUGGAUUGUGUUAAGCCAUCAGAAUGGGGCGUAAUCACCAACAUACACCUCAACUCAAAGCAAUAUAGGCGUUUCUAUAUUGCACAGUGUUUUCCAAAGUAAGCUCAGACUUUUAUAGAUCUCAAAGUAUCAGCGCGCGAAUUCUGAACAUUUGGCUGUGCAGUUGGACAUUUCAAAUGCUGCAUUGGCAAUAAUUUGGGGGUUGGGGGGUGGGGUCUGUGCAGUUUGUGAGAAAAGUGCAACCAACUUUGUGUGGAUGCCUUUAACUUGAACUGUAUAGAUAACACUGAGCUUGCAGUGUACCUGAAAUGUGUUUGUGCCGUGGAUGGCUGUUCUUUCAUCCAGACUAAUUGUACAUUGAGAAUGAUUCUUUCACUGAAAUCUACACUUUGCUGAUCAUGAAGGAAGAAUUGGGAAGGGGAUCCAUCAAGGCAAUGAAGGAUCAAAUGGGAGAAGUUAGAGCUGCAAAUGUGUUCCUGUUGGUUGCUAGUUAUGGUUCGUGAAGGACAUGUGUAUGCCAUACUUGAAAUUCAUAGUUUUCCUGACCCUUCCUCCGCCAUUCCACGCCCACCCCCGGUCCCCCCCCAAAAUAAAAAAAAUACUAAACCAGGCUUUGGUCUCAAAGACGCACCACUAAAAUCCAUGAGAGAAGAAACAUGCCAGUUUGAGUUCCAAGUCCACUAUAUUAAAAACCAAAAGGACUGCAGAUGCUGUAAAUCACGAACAACAACAAGCUCAGCAGGUCUGGCAGCAGCUGUGAAGGAGAAAACGGAGUUAACGUUUCGGGUCUUCUGAGGAAGGGUCACUGGACUCGAAAUGUUAACUCUGUUUUUUUCCUUCACAGAUGCUGCCAGACCUGCUGGGCUUCUCCAGCAACUUCUGUUUUUGUUCCAACUUCAGUGUGUUUCACAAACCCCUAUACAAACAUGAAAGGAAUGUAACUCAGCCUGUGGGACAGACUAGUGCUGCUCCUGGCUGUUUUGAAAUGAGAUGCCAGUUUUAGCCCUGAUGUGGUGAUGUGUGUAAUGCACUGAGGUUUUAAACCCCCCCCCCCCCCCCCAUGUUAGGCAUUUCACACCCAAGUUUAUAGCAGAGAAGGUGGAAAUUAGCCCCAGUUAGGGUUAAAUUGGUCGCAACACACAGCAUAAGCCUUGGAUUGGUUCAUUCCUGAGCCAAUUUCUGACCUAGCAUGUUUAAGAUGUAUCUUCAGCAUUAUUUGCCAUUAAAAAUCUAAUUGUCCGAAAUAGUUAUCUGUGGUGAGACCAAAUUGUUCUGGUGUACUUCAGUUCGUCAAUUUAGACAUUCUUGGUGUGGACAGGGUACUUUUGGCAAAUAAGUGAGCUGAUGUCCCAUGUUCACACACCACAUGCUGGGCUUGCUGAAGAGCCAAACUGAAAUUUUUAACCCUGUUUCGCGCCACAGAUGUUGUCUCUCCUGUUCAGUAAUUUCAGCAUUUUAUUUUUUUAAUUUUUGAUUGCCUACAUCUCUCGUACUUUGCUUCCAACACAGUAUGGUAACAUUGGGCUGGAUUAGAUGCUGAGAGUGGACUCUUAGAACUUCAGAGAAUUGUCAAGGCUGGUCCAUUUCAUCUUAGCUGGCUUGCUUGGCUUUAAUUUUUUGAGUGAUGGCCCGUUAAUUAUUGAGGUGGCGCAUCUAACAUAUCCAGGAGGAGGUCCUAUCCUGAAGAGCUGCUGGCCAAUUGGUUGUUAGCAGUGCACACUACUAAGGAGUGGUUGGUCAAUGCUGGCUCUGCAGGUGGUCCAAGGAGUGGCUGUCCGCAGUGGACCGGGCCAUUCAAAUAUAUCCAGGAUCGUGCCUGCGUCAAGUUGCCCAUUCCUGGCAAAGUCGCGUGGAGGCCAUGUUGGACAAGGCGGGGGUUUGGAUUGAAGGGGGAGGGUAAAACUGUAGGGAGGGAGUUUGGAUUGGCACCAGGUGCCUAGCAAUGGGGCAACCUCUCUCCUUUCAACUGCUGAAUGACUUGCAAGGUUUACCCGUCAGACUGCAUUUUGGGUAUCUGCCUUUUAUCACUGCCUGUUGUGGCAGGGAGAAUACCAAAUUUUGACACUAAUUGCCCACCUAAGGGCUUCCAUUGUGUCAUAUGGGACCAGAAACAAGCAAGUGAUCCAUAAACCUCAGAUCACAUGUCUCCAGUGAUGCAGUAAAGUAUCCUUUAUUUAACUUUCAUUGCCUUCCUGAAUCAUGUUGUUUAAUCUCCGUAACAGCAUAGACCUCCCGCUGAUCACACACAACCACCGUUCCUGACAAUGUCCUCUCUGUAUGCGCGCGUGUGUGUGUUAGUUGGGAAUGCAUUUGCAGUUUGGACAAUUUUGAAUUUGUUCCCCUUGGAUUAGCUCUGAGGUUGGGUUGGAGGUGGUGGAAAAUGGUGCUGGUGCUGGGCUGAAGGAAUCUUUGAAUCUGACUUGAUUUUGUGUGUGUUAAGUGUGGCCUGUAUUAGAGUAAAUACAAUAUAUUUUUGUUCCUUGUGUACAUAUUCCAGUUCCUGAGAGCAUUUCAUUAUUCAGGUCACACUCUUCGGUGGAUUAGCUGGGCCUCACUUAGGUCAGAAGCAGUGAACAGGACUACAGUGCUAUUUUACUCGUAUAACAUUAGGGUUUCAUGUGCUGUCGAUAAAUUUCCAAGUGAGGGCUUCAUUGAAAUCCAAGUUGAACUACAAUCUAUAUACUACAGCUUUAAACAUUAGACCACUGCAAGUAGCUUCAGUUCUUUUAUUUGCUUAUGAUUUAAUACCAAUUUUCUUGCCACUGCUUGUAGCUGGCUGUGUGCCACUUCUGACGUGCCAGAUACAAUUACUCAGUUACAACUGGCCCAUAUCCCUCAACUUGCAACUGAAUUACAUACUUGGCAGACAAAGGUCCAAAGAUGGUAAGAUUCUCCGGAGCAUAUGUUCAGUCGUAAAAUGACUGAGUGACAUUUUUCAGGAGUAAACUUCAAAGUGAAGCUUAACUCUAAUGGGGGAGCAAUUUAGUGUUUGUGGCAUUAUUUGUUUAUUUGUAACUGUUUUAAGUCAUGUCUUUCGUGCAAAGUGAUUUCUGCUUCUCAACGACAGUAGGCAAAUUCGAGAUCUGACCCUAGAGUGCAUCAAAGAAUAGACAAAGGCCCCUCUAAUUUGGGAUAGAGGUUGGGUGUGUUGAGGAGGUGGGGGGGGGGGGGGGUGCUGGGGGUGGUGAACCUGAGUCAUGUUUUUGUUUGUGUGCGCACAGAAGUAUUGCGUUAGCCUGACAGAGUUCAGCUACAGAGUGGGAGGCAUGUGGUUCCCUCCCUCCCAGCCCCGAUCCUAAAGCCAGUUGCUUUGCUUGGAGAUAGACAGACAGACAAUUUACUGUUUCCCCUGCUAACUUAAACUAAAUACUGGCUUGCUUUGCAUGUUGUUUGCAUAUGCACGUGGACAGUGUGUUUUGCCAAUACAACAGCCGUAAUAGGCUUCUGACCAGCUUUCAUUGUACUUUAUGUUCCGCGGGCAAUGGGGGGAUCAAGUCUGAAUUGUAACAGCUGGGUGCCACUAUAGUGAUAUAUUCAAUUGCUGAAAAGUUAAACAUGCAUUGCCUUUGGAACAACACUUGCCAUAUAAAGGGAGUUCUUCAUUACUACGAGCCUUCCUCUCAAAUUCCUAAACUGCUUAGGAUACUUCGUGUAUUUGCUUAUUUGGGCUGCUGUUUGGUUUUUUUGCACCUGCUAAAACUGGAGGCAAGUGAUGUGGCUGAGGCUUUGUAGUUAGUGAUAUGUUUCCCGUUCCCAGUUUAUUUUUCAUUUAUGCAUGGCGUAAAAGCUCCACCUUUCAUCGAUUUUAUAAAUCCGUGUGGUGCUUGAAGCCACAGGAUUGUAUUCCGUGCUUUUGAGGGACCUGGUGCUUGGUCCUUAGUGGAUCACUGCUCCCUGUAUUGAAUAUUGCACAAUGUAGGUGAUCCGCAGCGGCAUCAUCUGCCCCAAAGUCUUAACUAGAGGAGGGAUAUAGUUAGUUGGCCUAAAUACACAAUACCAUAAAGACUCUGUCUGCUGGAAUAACACUGGCAGAUUCACUCAUGGAAUUUGACUGGAGGUGUAGAAUUUCUUUUACCAUUUGGUGCUUUCUUCUGCUUUUUAGAAGUAGAUUGAGCAAUAGUUUGCUAGAAGGCUCCUGCUUUCUCUGUGCUGUUUCAACUAAAUAUGAAUCUUUAAUAACUUUUAUUGCGUAAAACUAAAACUUAACAAAAAACAUCUUGUAGCUAUUGGCCAAGCACAACCUAUCUCACAUUUGAUAUAUUUUUUUAGAAAAGUGAAAGAGUGCAUUCUAUACAGCUGAGGUAACACACAGUCAUGGUGAUACACCAGCUGGCUAACCAGUAUCUGAAGGAAGAAUAAACAUUGCCCCUCCAAAUCUUUGACAAUAUUCAUUUUGAUGAGGAGUCUUGACCCUGAAAAUAUAAAGCCUGACCCUCUUCACUGAUCCCGGAAGAAGCCACCUCCAAUUUUCUCGUCAUGGCCUGUGUAGAGAGGUUCUUUAACCAUCCCGUUCCUUAUAGGUUAUGCCAGGUUUCAUUGAAUUAAAACAAAUCCUGAGCGGAAUUCAACACUUGGCAACCUGGCCAUAGCAGCAACAGUGAGAGAUUAAAACUUUUUUUGAAAAGUUGUACCUGAACUAAAGAGCCACCCGUAAAUACGGUGGUAGCCGUGAGCAAAAUUGUCAUUAAAGCUACGUUUGAGGGUGAAACAAAAAUAAGUAGUCUCCACUGUCACUUUGUUAAUUUUAUUUCUAUUAUUUAAUGAAAUGAAUUGUACAUGUAGCGUGCACUUGGGUGCCUCGCCCCUUCUAAGUUUGAGCAUGGUGUAUAAUCGUGACAAUUCUUGAAGUUUGUACAAAAACAAAACAGAAAGCUCUGUGCUUCUACAGGUUGCUGCACUUCAUCCAUCCCAGUGGCCUGUGUGGAAGUUGCAAUAUCAGCAUUGCAUAUGCAGGUUAGACUGGCCAUUUUAAAAGAAAAGGUUAUAUCAUACCUUGCUUUUAAAGUAUUGAAAUGACUCACAAGUUAUAAUGGGAAUACUGUCUUAUUUCAAAAAUGCAUUGUCAAAGUAAAAAGUCCUUGCUCUCUCACUCUUUUUAUAGUUUACAUUUACCAGUUCUCUAUAAUUCAGAUCCUGAAUACUAGCAAACCCAGUUAUAUAAUUUUUCAAAACACUGCUGUUCUUUGAAUCAACUACAUACAAGCUUGAGGUACAGUGGACCCUAUUAAAGAUUGACUCCAAUAAAAUCCCUUUAAUGGAGUACUUUUUAUAAAAGGAAAAGAAAUACCCAAACAAAGACUUUUUUUGGAUCCCAAACAUGUUUAAAUACUCCUAUUUUGUUUGUCCCUCUAAUGGGCGUAGACAUUAUUGAAGAGAUCAUUUUUAGUUUCCAACAUAUUUAUUUUCCUGCUGUCGCAGUCCUCAAAGGGUUCAUAAGGUUCCAGAGAUAAAUGAUGCUUUAGAGACCUCCCUGGAUGUCACUGCAUAAUACAUAAUCUCAUGUAACAGAAUUUUUAAAAAAAAAUUAUUGAAUUAAUCCAUCUGAUGCUGUGGCUUCAGAGCUUCGAAUCACUUAAAAAUAAUAAAACACUUUGCUUUUUCAAAUUCCAUUUGUUUCCACUGGUGCUGCAAAGGCUGUAUACUGCAUUUGCACCAGUAUCAGUUUGUAUGAAUAUGUAUGCAAAUUGUGUUGAAGAUUAAUGUGGCGGUGUUUUAAAAAAAAACAUUAUGUCCUAAAUAAAACAAAAGUGUAUUAAAUUAGUUCGCUAGUGCUGUAAGGAAAUAUCUAUGGUGCCUUACAAAUAAAAGCAAAUGUGAUUAAAUUA